ACAACGAAAGCAUGUUGAAUCUGCCUGCUCCACGAGGUUAGCGAUUUUGCUGAAAAGCCGCCGAGUUCCUUACUGUUUUCAAUAAUGAAAUAAACAUGACGCAGGAUGAAUUUCUCCCCGUUCGGAAGUCACUUUUCAACAUCGAUUCCUAAUAUACAUCAAUUUGCCGCUAAGCUAUCUCAAGACAUUUGCUCACCAAAUUCAUUUUCCAGUUCUCCCGAAGAAAUCUCUCUAACUAAUCGAUAUACGGCAAAUGGCGUUCCUUCAUUUACUCAACAUCACCAUGCCUCUACUCAACAACAGCUUCUUGCCGCCUCAACUAAAAACAACGGAAACUACCUCAAUCAAACCGUCUACCACCAAAAUGUCACUCCAAAACGGCAGAAUUUUGAGCAGCAAAACUUCGAUAUUUUCUCAGUUAGAGGUCUUCAAGAAAAGGCAUUGAUUAAUAGCGAACAAAAGAAAAAAAAUGAAGAGGCAAAGAUAGAGACUAAUCAAUUCAUCCAUCAAAAUCAGCAAUCUUUGCCAAAUUGCCAAUCCUCUGUUUUGGCCAACCCUUGGCAGAAUUUGUCGGCUUCCAGUUCUUCAGUAGUCGAUUAUUUAUCACAACUUCCCACUACCAGCUUACCAAUAAGUCUGCACGAUUUCCUCAAAUAUUCGGCUGAAACUUUAAAGAAAGACACUGUUGGUCAGCAUGGAGCGGUGCAACAGCACAACGGCGAACCCAAUUUGAAUAUUGGAAACAAUGGUACGGUAAAUAUUGAUGCCUUACAUGUCGGAAACAGCUCUAACAGAACUCUGAAUUCAAAUAACAACCAAGCACUCAGCACGUUGAGUACCAUAAACACUGCCCAUCUGCAUAACAAUAACAUUUUGAAGAAGAAAAAAAAGAAGAAACUGGAAAGGGAGAAAAAACCUAAACCCAAACCAGGUGAAAUACGACUAACAACAGCUUUAGAUGGUUCCACUCUGUACUGUUGUCCCGAAUGCCACAUGGCUCUACCCGAACGCGAUCUGUUAGAGCAACAUCUCAUGGGUCAUAACAUGGAGCGGCGUUUUGUUUGUGAUAUUUGUGGGGCUGCUUUGAAGCGAAAGGAUCACUUGACUAGGCACAAACAGAGCCAUAAUCCUGAACGCCCAUUCGUUUGUUCAGUUUGCUUGAAAGCGUUUAAAAGGAAGGAGCAGUUAACGUUGCACUUUGUCAUCCAUUCAGGAGAGAAGAGACAUAUUUGCACAGAAUGCGGAAAGGGUUUCUAUCGCAAAGACCAUCUGAGGAAGCAUACGAGGUCUCAUAUCGCUAGAAGAGUCAAGGCGGAGUUGUCUCAGCAAGGCAUCAGCACCCACAGCAUAACUUCAUAAGCUAUGAGAAGCUGAAAGAAAUGAGUAUCAUUCGACUUAUAUGUGCAAAAAACGCUUUCAUGAAAGAUUUUAAGAUGCUCUACUAUCAAACAAACAUUUGUACAAAAAUUGUACAUUUUGAAGGAUUGAAAAUGAAACAAAGGUAAUAUAGAAAGAUCGAUCGGCGUUAAAGUGUACACAUUUUAAACAGAGUGAUUCAUAAUUUGGUACACAUUUUUGCAGUAGACCAUACGAUUGAAAAUUAUGUUAGUAUGGUAAAUAUAAAUUUAUUGAAAACGCAUUGUGGUGGCAACAAAGCCUGUGGUAGUAUUUUUCUUUAAAAACAAGCUUAUUCAGGUGAUUAUUUAUUGUACGAACGUUUUUUUGAGUAUAAUUCUACUGGAAAGUUUGUUCACCGACUUCUGACUCAACCUGAUCUGAUGAAGCAGAUCCAAAUUAGGCCUCCACUAGUGGAAGUUUGUUUUAUGUGAAGGUUUAGUUUGAAAUGUAAUGGAACUGUUUUUUUUGUGAAUGGGAAAACGGAAAAACAAUCGAGCACUGCGUUCACUUCACAAUUUUACAAACAGUUUUUUAAUGGAGUCCUAUGUAUAGAGGAUUCAAGAUUGGUGUCAUUCCUCUGGAGGCAUAAAAAUUAUUUAAAAUCCAUAAAAAUUAUUUAAAAAAAUAUCACAAAAAUGGUAAAUUGGAAUCAUGUAUUUGAUCGCACGUCCAAAUUAUUUGAAAAGAUUUAUCAGUUGAGAAGAAUUUAGAGCUCCAAUAUUUCGUUUUGUGAUUGGAGUUCUCAAGGCAAUGAUAUCAAUAUCUACAUAAACUACACGAGGUUUAUCCAAAACUGCUUAACUUCACUUCAUAAACUCACUUCAAAAAAUCAGGUUUUAUUGUUUAGAUUUUAUUUCCUUUCGAUAUUAAAGGAAAGUGUGAAGAUAGGUUAGUUAUAAUCCCUCUUUUGAUUAUUAUUGCAGUUUCUUCAAAGGUGCAACAUCAAGGAAAAUCUGCGCCAAACAUUUGCAAGGUUUUCUAUGCGUCUAUCAAACUCACGACGGUCUUAAUCGUUUCAACAAACGUUUUACUUUAACCAAAUAUGUUUUUUUAGUGCAAAAUAAAGUUGUGCUUUGAUUGUUCAGAGAAUAUACAGGGUAUCCCAUUAAAAACGACCGUUGAGAGAUUUUUCAGCAACAUGACCAGUCGAAAAAAGCCAGCUUUGUCAAUUGAAGCCAUCUUCACUAACAAAACAAUGACUACUAGGGCGGACUUAAUUUGGAACUGAAACAAUUUUAAAAUACGCUUUUGUCUGAAAGUAUUUGGGAAAUUUGUAUUAAUCUUAAGUGGAAUGUGAUACGUAAAUUGAGGUCACCGAAAAAUCUCCGCAACUUUAGGAUAACAGAAUAAUGGUUAGCAGAUGAUUCCCUCACUAGAAAACCCGAUAAAUUAAAAUUCAAUAAACCGACAUGAAAUAAUAACAAAACAAAUACUUAAACUACAAAAAAUCCACUUGUAAUGAUAUGUGGUUCAUUAAAUUCGUGAAUAAUGACUAAAUGAGAUGAAUAAUGCAUGUGUUUUUCUUAUAUAGGAAAAUGUAAUGAUAUCAGUUUUAAAUACUUUUGCCUAAAUCUAUUUUGGGUAGCUGAGGUUAUUUGAGAAGUAUUACUGAUAAGAACAUAAUGCAAAUCUUAGGUGAAAUUCUACUGUUUAAUAGCUCCAAAAUUAUUUUUCUUAAUGGAGAGAGAUGUUGAAACAAAAAGUGAAACUUUUCGGGCUGUGAUUUAAAAUGACAAAUAGGUAUGGUUGUAAAUAUACAAAAUUUAGGCUAAAAAUUGUUUCGAAUAUAAGCGCACACUUUUGGUGAUAUUAGUGUAUUAGACAGUGGAAUUCAAUAAUGACUUUCAGUUUUUCGGCAUUUUUUUCGUGAAAUGCGAAGGCAUAUUGCUUACGAUUUAAAUGUACGCGCAAAGGUGCACGAUCAGAGUACAAUAUUCGUAACAAAAACAAAACAAACUUUUCUAGUUAUAAGAACAAUAUUAUAAACUGUAAAACGACUACCUCAAUUUUUAUACAUUAUAUUGUAAUGUGAUAAAUACUGUUUAGUACUCUGUGAAAUGCUUUCUUCGUGUUUGAAUAUUUCCCGUUGUCUUCUUUAAAGGUCGCUCUGAAAUCCACAACAUAACGAGUGCCAAAUCUUAGGAUUUCUCCAUUUGAAUUAAACGUGAAAUAUUAAACCAAAGCAAGAGUUGUAUGAUUAUGAGAAAUUCAUCAUUUUUUACUUAUGGAUAUCAGAGGAAUCUAGAAUUACUCCUACUGUGUUAAUUAGUAUUUGUUUUAGAAAAUACAUUUUGUUACUUUGUUCAUUUGAAUCGAAAUGUUUUAUUAUUUAGAGCUUGUUCGCCCAAUUUUAAUGUAAAACUCAAGUACAAAAUAUUUUCAAUUUAAUUACGUAGUAAAAUAGAGCAUAGGUGUAUACUACGGUUCAACAUGUAUUGUAUCGGAAACGUUUUGGUAAUGAAUUUAAUUGUAAACGCUUUCGUUUAAAAUCAUAACUUCCAUGUAUAAUAUUUGCUUGUGUAUGCGGCAGUUUAUACAUAAUUUUUUAGUGCGCCACCUAGUAGAAUCAAGAAUCUAGAGCUAGAAUCAAGAGCCUAGUCUGUUUUUAGCCUUUGAAGCCGAUUUGUUCGCCGAAAAUUACGCACGCUAACAUUUAGGCUUCUAAAAUUGUCACAUACAGACUUGACUUUCAAUAAAUAUAUACGAGUAUAAUAUUGUAUUUGAGAGGCAAAGUAGUUUUCAAUACUUGUUGAACAUAUUUUAUAAAAUAAAUGCAACAUAUGAAUUCGACAUUCUAUGUAUAUUGAAGUGAAAGCAAUUUGAAAGAAGUCUGCCAUAUUAUAUAAAGUAGAUCUAGAUAAAGGUUUUCCAGAAAAAAGGAGGAACGAUAUGCUAAAAUGACCUCCUAGGUAUACUAUUUAAUAUUUUUUGGAUAUCUAGUGACUAAUAUUAGAGUGAUAGUGAUGUGUUAGAUGUUAUUUUUAUGUCUUUAUGUGCUCUUUAGAGAGCAAUAUAGUGAUCAAUAAAUAAGUAAAUUUUCCAAAUACGUAA